UGGGACAAAUCGAAAAGAGAGGGAGAAGAAAAGAUAAAGCCAAACAGGGAACGAGACUCUUGGGAUGGUCGAACUUCACUGGAGAAAGCUGGUUUCUGUAUGUCGCUGCAGAGUCAACGUUUAAAGAGAGAGGCCUGAAGCCUUGAAAGCUUCCAAAACCAGUUUGUUUAGCUGACGGCCAUUUUCGCUGUGCUGUGAGAAGCUGGAUAACCUACACCUUUACUUAUAAGGACUUUCUGUCUGCUGUUAUGGGAAGCAGCCACCCUGGUGCCAACUAAGUCAGAUAGACUUGAUCUCCGACCACUGUUGGCAGAACUGUUUGCUGAGGAUUACCUGAAUCAUUAAAUAUCCCAUGAGAUGUGAGAAGUUGAAGUGUUCUUUUCCAGGUGAACUUAUGAUGCUAAAGUGAGGUGUUCUUCAAGAAGACACACUCUCGCUGAUUUGUGGUGGCCAUAUUGUCACUACGCGCCCAAAACACCUAAAGCUCGCCGUCAUUUGGAACAAUGCCCUGUCCAUCUCGUCCCUCUCCGCCCUACCUUGCUCCUCGCUCAGUCUUUUUUGCUGGACUGCUGCUUCUGUUCCAGUGGGGGCCCUCAGAGGUCAGUUGCCAGAAUGACACAGAGCCAAUCGUGUUGGAGGGAAAGUGUCUGGUGGUGUGUGACUCCACCCCCUCUGCGGAGCCAUCGGGUAACGCUCUGGGCAUGUCGGUGAGGUCCGGAACCGGUCGGGUGGCGUUUUCAGCCAUCCGAAACACCAACCACGAACCCUCGGAGAUGAGCAACCGCACCAUGACCAUCUACUUUGACCAGAUCCUAGUAAAUGUUGGCAGCCAUUUUGAUCCAGCGAGGAGUAUCUUUGUGGCCCCUAGAAAAGGGGUCUACAGUUUCAGCUUUCAUGUUGUCAAAGUUUAUAACCGCCAGACAAUACAAGUGAGUUUGGUUCUCAACGGCUGGCCGGUGAUUUCAGCCUUCGCAGGUGACCAGGACGUUACCAGAGAAGCUGCCACCAACGCCGGGCUGGUGAUGAUGGAGAGAGGGGACAAGGCUUCCCUCAAACUGGAGAGGGGGAACCUGAUGGGGGGGUGGAAGUACUCCACUUUCUCUGGGUUUCUGGUGUUCCCCUUGUAGAUUAGGUUGAGGUAGGAUUGUGUUCUUGUCAUAGUCGAGGGUGUGCAAAUAAAGAUUUCACAGAAAGGAGGAAGCAUUAAUCGAUACCCGUUGAAUUCCAUCAAACUGCUUUGAUGCUUUAGAAUGAGUGAGAUCCCUCAACACCAAAUUAUCCUGAAUGUAAUUCCCAUUUCCACUUUUUAUGUCUCGCCGUUGUCUGACUGUUGUAAUGUGUCAUCUAUGCUUGCUUAGUCAGCCUGUCAGAGGUUUGGGAUUUUCUUUUAAUGCAUGAAAUACAAGGUAGCAGAUCUAUCUAAUAAAGAAACGUAUUGUGUC